AGGUUCCCCGUCACAGUGCCGCAGCAACCGUCGCCGCCGUCAUCAUCAUCGUCGUCGUCGUCGUUGGCUUAACUUUCAUUUGCUUUCUGAGCUUUUCGAGGCAUAACUUGUUUCCGAGCGUCCAUUUUAUUUCAAACUGUUGAGCCGAGCGCGUUUGGAUUUGCUGCUGCUCUUGAUUUGUUGGAAAGAUCCUUUAGGUCGAACUAAAAAUCAAAAGGAAAGUUGUCACUAAAUGAUCGCGAUUAUGUUGUAAAAGUUUUCUUUGAGAAAGAAAUUUGUGAUAUGUGGUGCAUUAGUGUCUAGAUGUAUGUUUCAUUGAAAGGGUCAUUUUUGUGGAUAUUCACGGCAGUUCAGGAGCUCAACGUUCAGCGUGAGUCGUAGGUGUGGAAUUUUGCCUUUAUGCACAGCGGCCCAGAACCAGUUUUCUACUGAACAUUCGUGCUGCGACAUUCCAAUGAUUACGUUCGCUUAUUUGACCGAACCCCUCUUUUUAGGGGGUGUUUGCUUGGUGGUGUAGUUCUGUGUACCAGUAGUGCUAAGUUUGGUGAAUGUAGAGGAAGUGUAAUUAGAAAAUCUAUGUUUCAUUGCACUAAAGUGUACGCAAAGGUAUUUUAUCGCUCAUUGCCUUUUUGCACAGGUACAACCAGCAGCAUCGUUUUGACCUGCAAGUGUAUUUGUGAAUGUAUAAUCGCUUUUAUGUGUAGAAGAAAGAAGAGAGAGGAGUAAUGUUGCGCUAAAGAAUAAAUUACCAAUUCAAGGUUUUGGAAACACUUUUGCCGUGGUCAUCGUUCUGUUGAAGAAAAGUAUGCAGGAAUUUAAAUCCGUCCCCGUAUAGUGCUAUGAAGGGUACAUGUGUGAGAGAAAGAGCUGGUUUGGUUCACAAACACAAGGGAAAUCCGACACCAGCAUAACAUCAGCAAUUUAUCGUGUGCCACAGUCCAUAUCAUAUCCUCACAUCAGGCAACAGUUCGUGAAACCCGACCAGCAUUGAUCAGAAACGAGAAAAGUGCAUGUUUCAGUGCUGAACCAGAGUCGGAAAUCAAAAAAUCAAGAUAACAGCUGCAGUGGUUGUGCGGUGUUUCUCCAGUCCAGUCUGGAAUCUCGUGAUUUCAACGCGCGUAUAAAUGUAGUGUUUCGAACCCCACCCUUGCGUAUAUCAAAGGCACACACCUACUGGCCAAUGAAUAUGCGAAAAUCCGUGCAUCGUUAAAUGGAUUUCAAAAGCAGACAACGCAUGUAAUAUAAGUAAAAUGGAGCUUAUUGGAGCCACCAAUGGAACUCAGUUGCCAAAUAACCACUUUCACAACGAUCCUCAGGGUGAGCGGACAUCAUGGGACUACAACACAGUGUCGUUAUCGCGUGUACCGGGCUAUGGCUUUGGCAUAGCGGUAUCUGGGGGUCGAGACAAUCCACACUUUGCUAACGGAGAUCCAUCGAUAGCGGUGAGCGACGUGCUCAAACAUGGUCCAGCCGAGGGUCAACUGCAGGUCAACGAUCGAAUCAUUUCUGUCAAUGGAAUCUCGUUAGAAAAUGUAGAGUAUGCAACGGCAGUACAGGUACUUCGAGACAGUGGUAACACAGUUACGUUGGUGGUAAAACGACGCGUACCAAAUCAUAGUCUAAUACAGUCCACGGGGGGCGGUAAUGUUAUGCCAGGUGGCGUGGGUGGUAAUACGCAUCAACACCAGCACCAGCAUAGUCUCAGUUCAACCGGCCUUGGGUUGAGCAGUUUAGGAAAUAAUGGAUCUCAACAGCAAAUCAAAGUGAUCGUUACGAAAGCGAGCAAAAAAGAUGAUUUUGGCAUCGUUUUAGGAUGUAGAUUAUUUAUUAAGGAAAUUUCGUCUAAGACGAAAGACCAACUAGCUGCCAAUGGUUACUCACUGCAGGAAGGUGACCUUGUAACAAGGAUACACAAUACUAAUUGCAAUGAUUCGAUGAGCUUAAAAGAAGCGAAGAAAAUCAUCGACGGCUGUAAAGAGCGUCUUACAUUAGCGGUGCUGAGAGAUACAUCCAACACCGCGUUAAACGCCGGCUUAGGUGGCGGCACCAGCUCCGGAAUGCAAUCGCCUGUAUAUUCUCAUACCGCGCAGGUGUCCAAUUGUAGCAAUAUGGAUGAAAACUACUUGAACGGCAACGGCGGAGCAUACUCUGGGCAAAAUUUAUAUGUUCAGCCUCCGACUCGUCCAUCAGCUAUGAGUACGUUACUAGUAGAUGAUAAAAGCAACCUUACACCAAGGGGAAGAUCACGAGGUCCACUAACCGAUAUUUCUUUACAACAACUAGACAGACCUAGCACACCACCAGGAGCAACAAGCAACCGAGGAAUGGAUGGAGCACCGAACAGCAGCGGUCACACAAGAUCGCGUAGUAUUAUCGAUGAACCCCCGAGACCGCCGCCUCCCAGAGGAGAAGAUUUCUACAGCACUAGACGACCUUUACAUGAUGAAAAACCUACAUCUGAACCACGAUAUAUUACAUUCCAAAAAGAAGGUUCUGUUGGCAUUAGAUUAACUGGCGGUAACGAAGUGGGCAUUUUCGUCACUGCAGUGCAGCAAAAUAGUCCUGCUGCAGCCCAAGGGCUGGUUCCUGGAGAUAAAAUCCUUAAAGUGAACGAUAUGGACAUGAAUGGAGUUACCAGAGAAGAAGCAGUUCUAUUUCUGCUCAGCUUACAAGAUCGUAUCGAUCUGAUCGUGCAGUACUGCAAAGAGGAAUACGACACGAUUACUAUACAGCAGAGAGGUGAUUCAUUUCAUAUAAAAACUCAUUUCCAUUGCGAAAACCCAUCGAAAGGAGAACUAUCAUUUAAGGCAGGAGAUGUGUUUCGAGUGAUAGAUACAUUGUACAAUGGAGUAGUUGGUGCGUGGCAGGUUCUGCGCAUUGGACAUGGCCACCAAGAACUACAACGUGGUGUCAUACCAAAUAAGGCAAGAGCAGAAGAGCUGGCUACAGCACAAUUCAAUGCAACGAAAAAAGAAAUGAAUGCUUCCGAAUCGCGAGUCAGCUUCUUUAGACGAAGAAGAUCAACUCAUCGGCGAUCAAAAUCGUUGUCGAGAGAAAAUUGGGAUGAUGUUGUAUUUUCCGAUUCUAUUUCGAAAUUUCCCGCAUAUGAACGAGUGGUGCUACGACAUCCAGGCUUUGUUCGACCAGUUGUGCUAUUUGGGCCCGUAUCCGACAUUGCACGGGAACGACUUAUUAAAGAUUUUUCCGAUAAAUAUACUGCCCCACUACAAGAUGAUGAUAAAGGAUCGUCUAAAUGUGGUGGUAUUGUACGCCUCUCUAAUAUUCGAGACAUCAUGGACCGUGGAAAGCAUGCUCUCCUAGACAUCACGCCAAACGCUGUAGAUCGGCUAAAUUAUGCUCAAUUUUAUCCCAUCGUUAUCUUCCUAAAAGCGGACACCAAGCAUAACAUCAAACAGCUACGUCAAGGACUGCCAAAAUCCCAACAUAAGAGCAGCAAAAAAUUGUUUGAACAGUGCCAGAAACUAGAACGUGUUUGGUCACAUGUAUUUAGUACGGUAAUCAAUUUGAACGAUCCAGAUACCUGGUACCGAAAGUUGCGAGAUUCGAUUGACCAACAGCAGAGUGGAGCAGUGUGGAUGUCUGAAACCAAGCCAGUAGAAUCCCUGUCCGAUGAUUUCCUAUUCCCAAUGACCACAUCCCGACUGUCUUAUGCCUCAAGUCCGGAAUCGGAUCUGGAACUGAGCCCCGGACCAUCGGCCUCAUUAUCAUUGGGCAACUUACCACAAUUGGUGAAGUCAAGCUCUGACCCUUCGAUCGCAACUAAUCAGGAUAACUUGGAUAGGGCUAGAGAACUGGGUGACGGAUUGCCACCGCCAUACACGAAUCCGUACGAGCAUACAGCACACCCGCGACGAAUGACCGUAGAUAACAAGUACGGAUUUUCGUCGAAAGGAAACAUAGGAGCUCCACUUCCCCCGGAAGAGGCAAUCUAUGGUUCAUCAAGGCCACCUCCUCCAAUACACCUUAAUAGUCCCGGAUCCAACCACUUUGGUCCAGUUCCAGAAUUACCUCCCAGAAUUGACCGCGCUUCAAAGCCCCCGAAUACAACCACAUCGAGCACACCUGGUUCAUCAUUGCCGUCCCGUAAUUCAAGUACCGGUGGUACAUUGGGUCGUUCAGCCCAAGAACGGCUCUUUGGUAAUAAGAACUCCGGCGAAAACAUGGAUCAAUCGGUUGAUGAUUACGCAAGCCGCAGUCAAAUGCUUAGUGCAGUUUCCGAUAAGCGAAAUACUGCUGGCAGUAACGGAGUGAACUCUCUUGAACGUGCCCAAAAUUCUUCUCUCGAUCGAACGCGGUCCAACCAACCUCCGGCGCUGCCGAAUAACCCAAACAAGGCAAAUGGAUCGUAUGACAGUGUUUCUAGCUAUGAUUCAUACAACACAUCACAACUGGCGGCACAGAAUAUGAGGUUAGGACCCAAUGCGCCCGAUGAUCUUAAAUCGGUGCCGAAUGGUCGCACUGGUACAGGCCUCACACCAAAUCAGUCAAGUGCAUCUGAUUACAAUCGAAAUUCAGGAAAAAAUGAACUGUUAUUAACUCCUCCUAGGGCUGGGCAUGUUCAUUCAGAGCGGAACAAUUUCAAUGGUACGCAUGAUCCUCUCGCCUCUAGAAAUUCUGGCGACCGUACAUCGGGCACGAAUAUUCCACAACGUCCAUCGAACCUUGCAUUGGACAGCCCACGGAAACAUAUCAUGGAAACUAAGACAGACUAUGGAAAAUACAGUCGGAACAACUCAGCCUCACAGGCGGAUUAUUCCAAGCCCAAUAAGAUGCCACCACCGAUGUUAGGAACACCACCGUCGAAUGGAAAUAACGGGGCUCCAUUUAAACCAGUCCCGCCACCAAAGCCGAAGAACUAUAGGCCACCCAUAGGAGGAAACAACGGAGGAAGCGGAGGACCCAUGAACUCGGGUCAGUGGGACAAUGGGGAAUCAAUAUCACCACGAUCCCCGAACGGGUUCUAUUACCCACCAGUGUCAUCCCAUUAUCAUCAGGGUGUAGUGCACAAUGCGCCAAAUUCUCCUAACACUAGCCAUAUGAACAGCGGAGGCAAUCAUCCAUCGCAGAUGCACCCGUAUGGGCAGUACAGUGGUAAUCCAUACAAUGGUUACAACGGCAAUAGUGGAAGCCAACCGCAUUAUAUGGGUAAUUCCAGCCGAGAUUUCGGUAACGGUUAUAGUGGUAACGCACAUCACCCUUAUGGCAAUAACUACAUGCAUAGAGGUAGCGGGGGCCAUGGCAUAGGUAAUGUACCUGGAUUACAUCCCUCUGAACGACACCCACUUGACCUAGCCGGUAGUAGAGAGCAGAGGGGAUCUGCUUUCGAAUUGUAUAGAAAACCACAGCUUGGAACCACCGGGCACCAUCACAAUCUACGCGAAAUGGAGCCAAUGAUGUCGAUACACGAGUUCAAUCAGCAUCAGCAAAAUCUCAUGUACCAGGAACGGUUACGCCAACAGCAGCAGAUGCCGCUUCCGCCUAUUCCUGGUACAGUAGAAUACGAUCAGUAUAACAGAAACAUGUCUCAUCACUCCGGUCUUCCACCGGCGCUGCCAGCAAAACCACCAAGAAAGAACUUACUAAAGUCUCCUCUGAAAGCCAUCAAAAAUGUUUUCAUCAAAUCAACCCGACCACUUCGAAGGCAAGUUAGUUUAGCCGAGGCUGAUAAAAAGUUACGUCCAAUUUUAAAGCGACAACAUUCAAUGUUAGAACCUCGUUCCUCCCGAAUGAUGGAUACUAGAUUCCAAGAUCCAGCAUACGAAUCGCGACAAUACUAUCCACAACAGUAUCAGCAGUAUGAUGGUCGAUAUCAAAUGUCACCGCCGUUACAAGGUUAUCAACGGCAUGAACCAUACUAUCCGAAAGAUCCUAACAGUACGUACCAAAACCUUGAGAGUGAAUCCAUCUAUGGAAACUAUGGUGCAGGUGGAUAUUAUGAUCAAGCUCAAGAGAACUUGUAUGCUAACCGUGCGCUGAUAGAAUUGGAACGUACACGGCUAGAAGCAAUGCCAGGAACCGGAUCCAAUACGACAGGUCGCCGUAUAGUGCGUCGACACAGUAUGGCUGAUCGAAGCGUUCCAUCGCCCAGUUUUAAUAACCUCAAUCGACGGCGAAUGGGAUCAGAUCGAUAUCACAUGGACAUGAACACAUCCGUAAAUGAUGAAUCAAUCUAUCAAAGUAAAAGUGGUUCCUAUAUGUACAAUGAAGGUCGUGACCCACACCGUCGAAUCCUUGAUGAGCCAGUGUAUCAAAGCAGAAAGGACAUGCAUCGAGACCAUCUCUAUCAGAGCAAAAAGCAGAUGCAAGAUCGCAUACAGCAGAGUCGAAUGGAAAUGCUUCAAACUCAGCAGCAACGUGAACGUUGUGAUUCUCCAAGCAACUCAAGCCGUACUAAAGAUAUAACCGAAUCUAGCUCGAGCUCUGCAAAUUCCCCGUCAAGCUCAACGUACUCAACACGUAAGGAAAUGAAAGAAAAGGGUAUCAAACCUCGAACUCAACUAAGAGAUCAAAUCUAUCAGUCCAGACGUGAAGCGAUGGAAUCAAUGGCUGAACCCGACUAUGUGUCUCGAAGGGAAUUAAAGCAUGAACCAAUUUAUGAAGUCAAAAAUGAGGUGGAUGCAGUGUCAUCAGUGGAUAUCAGUAAACUGCAAAUUAGCGAAGAUAAACUUGAAUUGAACAUCCAAGAAGAAGAUUCGGUUCACAAUAAUAAUUCAAAUGAGACUGAACCGACAGAAAUUUUGGAACACACUAGUGACGAAAGAGCACAAAACGAUGAAACAUGCAAGGCUCCGUUGGCUUUGUCGGAAGAUGAUGAUGACGAUGAUACUUUAACUAAAUCUAACGUAUCUGAUUUACAAAAAGCUGCUGCAGUUGCUAGUCAAAUCAAAGCAACAACUCCCCUUAGUUCUCGUUCCACACACAUAUCCAAUUUUCUAAAACGGACAGCACCACCUCCAGUACCUCCAGCCUUCCAACCUCCGCCACCGCCAGCAACAGCAGGUUCCCCUCCAUCGUUCGUGAGUGCCGGUUGUGCGUCAAAUGUGCACGAGAGUCACACAUCAAUUGAAACGCAAUACACCUCGCAGAUGAGUCUUCCAACGGGACCUCCGAAUGCACACAGUACUCCAUUCGCCAGUGAAAUGUCUCUUGGAUUACCACCCCCGCGCCAACCGGUAACUCGACGGGGAGUGUUUGACUGUACUGGCGGCACACUAGCGGAUCCCAUUUGGAACGUAUCGCUGCAGAUUCCACCGGGAGCGAUUCCACCUGGUAAAAAGCAGGAAAUUUACUUCACAGUCACGGAUCCAAGGCUGAGUGAGAGCGUCGGAGGCCCGCCUCUGGACAUGGAAAAUGGUGAAACAAUGCUUUCACCUUUAGUAAUGUGCGGUCCCCAAGGAACAGAAUUCCUGCAACCGGUGACUCUUAACAUUCCCCACUGUGCUGGCCGCACAGCAUCAUUGGGACUCUCGCUGAAGGCUACUGAUAGUGAGAAAAAUCUGCAAACCGACUGGGAUAACAUUGAGCUACCGAGCAAUGCAGCGGCGCAUACCGUGUCGGUUAAGGUCGACCAUUUCUAGCUAUUUAAUUAGGUUUCUUGGUACUAGGGCGUGCAGCUAUUCUUCUACCUAUAUAUUAUAACGAUUGUAUAGUCGAGCAAAUCUUUAUACGUGCCUUUAUUUUACUCAGUUUUAUGCAACCAGAAGUCAAAGAAAUAUUUUUUUAUGUGUUGCAUGAAUUGUACCAUUUGCCAUCAAAUCAGUAUAAGAAUGCGUUUGGAUAAAUUGCUGUAAACCAGUUUAUGAUAGUCGUAAGCACAAUUGCCAUUAUCAAUGUAAUUUGCAUAUAGUUUUAAUUCCUAGCUUGUUUAGCAAGCAUUUCGAUGAUAUUUAUGAGAUGUAAUUAUUCGAUUAUAUACUGCAUAACUACAGCUAAAUUUAAUUCAUCCUCGUGAGUAGCGUAACGGUAGGCUUGAAAAGCAAGAGGUCCUGUAAAAGUACGUGUUUUUUUGUGCUGAGAUAUCCCCGGUGUAGGAGGACGCUUAUACACAUUACAAUCUUAUAACUUUUGUACAUUUAUUGUCGGAAACGUAAUUAAA